GAGACGAUGGUGGGCCGGAACAGCGCCAUCGCCGCCAGCGUGUGCGGGGCCCUUUUCAUCGGGUACUGCAUUUAUUUCGACCGCAAGAGACGGAGUGACCCCAACUUCAAGAACAGGCUGCGAGAACGAAGAAAGAAACAAAAGCUUGCCAAGGAGAGAGCUGGACUUUCCAAGUUACCUGAUCUUAAAGAUGCUGAAGCCGUUCAGAAAUUCUUUCUAGACGAAAUACAGCUUGGUGAAGAAUUACUAGCUCAAGGUGAAUAUGAGAAGGGUGUGGACCAUCUGACAAAUGCAAUUGCUGUGUGUGGACAGCCACAGCAGUUACUGCAAGUGUUGCAACAAACUCUUCCACCACCAGUGUUCCAGAUGCUUCUGACUAAGCUCCCAAGAAUUAGUCAGAGAAUUGUAAGUGCUCAGAGCUUGGCUGAAGAUGAUGUGGAAUAAGAAACAAAUAUCAACAUAAUGAUAUCAAUUAAAACAUAUUUUUAAAAUCUUAACUCGGAAGAUGAUCGGCUCUGGGGGAGUAAGAGCAGAUGAGCUUGUUAUGGACUGUCCUUCACAGUGAAGUCUACCAAAGUUAAUUUUUACUUUGUGUAGAUCCAUUUGUCUGUUUUAUUUAUUUUUCCCAGUGAAAAGUGUAUUUUGAUAGAGAGCUUUUCAUUUUAUAAAUACACUAUGAAUUACUGAAA